ACUGAGUACCUAUACCACUCGUUAAAGCUCACGUAGUACGCUUGAACCAACUUCAAGCGGUAGUUUGAUAACCCAAAACAAUGUUGUUGUUUUUUUUAAUUACCGAUUUCAAACUAAUGUUAUCAUGCGUAUGCAUUCUCUACACCGUGUCGCUAAUUCGCUAGCAAGCAAGCGCGCAUGACUAAUUUCUUCCUGAAUCUGGCAGCUCUUGAGGGUCUGUUAUGUCAGUCGUUAAUACUGUACUAGUACUGUACACUAUAUUCUUCAUACAUAGAUAUAUACUGGCAUGAUGACAACUAGAAAAUGAAGACCUACACUUUAGUGGGACAAGAGCUCUUCAUGUAGACCCUCCAUGCCUCUUAUCCCUCCUCCACGUUCUGUAAUUUGUGUCAGUAGUUUACAUGAGCUUACAUGACCAACAACCUGUGAGGGCAUUUUUAAGGGUUGCUCAAGCAAUUGUAAUACAUUUAUUAUUUUUCUAACAUUGCCUUCUAACCCUGAGAAGCAGACCAAGUGUGAUUUACUUUUAUUUGUACCAAAAAACAUGUUUUUGAUGUCACAACUGGCCAGUGACGCAUACGUUAAAAUUAUACUGCAUGCCCCAUAAUGCACUUUGUUGUCACGUGACAUGGCUGGGGCCUAAAUACGACACUCGUUAAUUAAAGCUCAUGUAGCACACUUGAAUUAAGUUUAAGCGGUAGUUUAAUCAUCCAUAUGAGGACAAGCAGUAUAGAAAAUGGAUGGAUGGAUGGAUGGAUACUAAUGUUAUCUUGCGUAUGUGUACAUCUCUACACUGUGUCGGUAGCUAGCUAGCAAGCUACAUAGCCAAAUUCUUUUUCAAUACGGAGUCGCUUGAGGGUCAAAACGGUUUUGUCCGAUGUCAGUAGUGCAUCAGAUACAGUGUUGUAAAACAUAUUGGAGCUCUUUGUAGAAUUAUUCUGGCAUGAUGACAAACAGAAUAACAUUUUAUACACAGAGAGCUCUUCGCGUGUAGACCUUCCGUUCCUCUCAUCCCUUUGUUCUCUUAAUUUGUGUCAGUAGUUUACUAACCAGUUUACAUCACCAGCAAACUGUCAGGGUUAAAAAACAUGUCAGUGGUGAAUAACGUUAUGUAAUAUCAAAUGUUAUUUGGUGGAGUUUAAAAGUAACUGAAUUGAUGUUUGGAGAUAUGUUUUUGUUUUAAAAAACACGAUGAAGGCCACAUGAGGAGCUCCUUGUGUAGGUCCUCCACGACUACCUCUUAUCCCUCCAUUAUGAAGUCUUUAUUCUUUUUAGGUGAGAUUUGCACAAGUCGUUAAUGAGAAUGUGAUUAGUAUAUCAUCACCUCACCGCUGCAGCCACUUUCAUUUCUCCCUCCCUCCAUCCCUCCUUCCUUCCUUCCUUCCUUCCUUGUCAAGAGCACUCAGCACGGAGAGCAUCUUCUGUAGCUAACACUGCAAAAGAAUAAGGAAAAACUCACGGCAGCAACAAUAAUCCAUCAAAGAUGUGUCCCUUCGUGAAUGGCGUUAAAGCAAGGACUCGCAGGCUGGAGUUCACUGGGUUCGUUGUAUUCAGCAGGAUUGAAUGUGGACUCAAAUACCCUCAAACCCCCCCACCACAUCAAAUGUGUUCCCCUGUUGGAUACAAAAGAGUGUGAUUAGGAGGUACGGCCAGCAGGCUCUAUAAUAAGUUGCGCCUGCCCAAAAGGUUGGUGUGUUUCUGCGCUGUGGAGCAGUGAUUGGUGGCGGUAGUGGCGCGUCCAGUUAGUUAUUAUUUUGAUCAGUCUCCAAUUGAAUGGAAAAGUCAUGCUUUUCAUCAUACCAGCUAACAGCACAGCACAAAGUGGACUCAUUGCAUCCAGGAGGCCCCUUAAAUGUGGCGAAGUCACAGCCUGCAAGAUGGAGCUGCAGGGCCCUCUGGCGGAUGUCUGCAGAACCACGCGUGUUUCAACAAAAAGUCACUCAGAGGAUUUUCUUUCUCUGCAUCUGGUUGUCAUCCAUUUCCAAACAUGACAAUCAGAACAGCCCGUCCGGACCGGGGAGAGCAUUUUCGCCCGCGUUUGCAUUGCCUGAAAAAGUUGGAGGCCAUGGUGGUUGCCAUGCAGGACCCAAAAGACGGGCUGAAGGGCUCCGAACAGAAACUCAACGUCACCACCAUUCCGCAUAUCAUAGCAGGCAAAGACAUGGUGUCAUGGAUCGCUAACAAGAUGCAAGUGACUGCAGAAGAAGCUCAGGUGUUUGGCACCAUGCUAGUGGCCUACGGUUACGUCUAUGCCCUGCAGAACCACAAGAAGCUGGUGCUGUGCAAUGACAGCAGCCUUUAUCGCUUCCAGACUCCGUACUUCUGGCCGACGCAGAAAUGGGUCGCAGACGACACUGACUAUGCCAUUUACCUGGCCAAGAGGAGCAUCCGCAAGAAAGGCAUGUUGGAGCCGUACGAGCAGGCACAUUACAACCACCUUCAUGAAUGGCUGAACUUCAAGUGGGACUUCAUUGUCAUGCAGGCCACCGAGCAGUACAAGGCGGGUAGAGAGAGGAAGAAGCCAGAUCGCGUGGUGUUUGAUUGCCAGGAAAGAGCCUACUGGACAGUGAACAGGCCACCACGUCGUACUCACAGUGCUUUGGAUAGUUGGCCAGACCGCCUCGUGGAUCCCAGUACAGAUGAGAAAAUUCCCUUUGACCAAUACAGACGCAUGAAUAUGUUCUACCAGCAAGCCAUCAUGAGGUCCAAAGUGAAAUCCAGCGUUUCUCUUGGGGCACUGGUGAAGUACAUCACAACUUAUAAAAACCAUGACCCCUUUUUGGCGCCGUGCCUACCCAGCAACCCCUGGCAGACGGACGACGACUCUUACUGGAAUCUCAAUAUGAGAAGGGUGGACGUCCCGACGAAGAUGCGUGUGGAGCGCUGGUCCUUCAGCUUGUUUGAGCUGCUGACUGACCUCCGAGGCCGGGACGACUUCAAGAUCUUCCUCAAGAAGGAGUUCAGUGGAGAGAAUUUGGCCUUUUGGGAAGCGGCCGAGGAGCUGAAGUGGGGAACUGCAUCUUCCAUGUCCACCAAAGCUGAAACCAUCUUCAAGACCUUUCUGGCUCCCGGUGCCCCCCGCUGGAUCAACAUUGAUGGCAGGACAAUGGGUCUGACGGUGAAAGGUCUGGAGCAUCCUCACCGCUACGUGCUGGAAGCUGCCCAGACGCACGUCUUCCUGCUCAUGAAAAAGGAUACUUUCUUCCGUUAUCUCAAGUCUCCCGUGUACAAGGACAUCCAGAAGAAGGCACUCAAUCCAGGAGCUCAUAACUUCAGCGCAUCCCAGCUGGAGCAAAACGCUCGCAGCCGAAGCGCAGGCAUCCAUCCCAUCAUCCUGUGGAAGCAGGAAGAGGAGGAAAGGGCGAAGGCCGCUGCAGCCGCUGUUCCUGUUGACGUCAAGGCCGUGAUGAGCAAAAUAGACAGGAAGAAACAAUAAAGUAGAAAAAAGACUAUACCUCUGCGUUUGUGCAGAGAAUGAUAACAAAAUACAAGCUCAUACACACACACGCAUACACACACACACACACAGUACAUUUUAGGUGACUACAGUAGGAUUAGUGUCUAUACUUCAAGUUGCUAUUGUUUUACUCUUGACAGUAUAUGCAGUGUACACUAUGAUGUUUGACAAUUCACUCAAGAUGCAAAUUUAUUAAGAAAAAGACCAGUCGCGUUCAUGCUUGUGUUGUGUAUGUGUUAGAAAGAAUACGAUUAAAGAGGCCAUAUUACCA